AUGAGCUGCUGCGGAGAGGCCAAGCCUCCUACCUCUGCCCAGAAACCACAAAAUGGAUACCCCAAUAUGCAGACGGUGAAUCAGCAGCCCGUUCCGCUCCCUGGAUUGCAGAACCCGUCUUUCCAGCAGCCUACCGUCUCCCCGCCCCCGAACGUUCAUCAACAGGGCGCUUUUGCUCAGAACGGUUUCCAGCAACAGCAAGGAUGGCAGUCGGGCUCUCCGCCUCCGUUCAAUCCGUAUUCUGGUACAAAUACACCCGCUGGUACCUUUGACGCGACGGCGAACAACACGUACAAUGGGUCUGCCAAUGGAUAUCCCUUCAACGAACCACUUGCUCGGCCAGGAUCUGCCCAUACCUCUAUCAUGAGGUCCCAGGCAGGUUCACCUCCACAUAUGUCGGUUUCAAGUCCUCCCCCAAUGAUGACUAUCCAACCACCUCCUGGACAAAUAGGCCAAAUACCGGGAUACCCAACUCAAGCCGACGAGGGUAAAAUGUCUGUAGCAAUUGACUUUGGUACGACUUUCUCUGGCGUGGCGUAUGGUUCUUCGCGUAUAGCCGGCGGUCAAGUGCAGCAGAUCCUGAAUUGGCCCGGCUCGUUUGAGACUUUCAGGAAGAUUCCGACAUGUUUGCUGUAUGAUGAAUAUGGUCAAAUAUUAGCCUGGGGCCUCGAAGCUAAAAAUGCGACGCCGAUGCCUGGGACUACCCGAUGUGAAUGGUUUAAGCUAUAUCUGGAACCCCAUGCUCUUCGAGACCAAUCGGCAAUUGACGAACGCCUGCCCGCCUUACCACCAGGGAAACGGGCGGUUGAUCUCAUCGUUGAUUAUCUCGGUUGCUUAUGGGAGUAUGCUAAAGAACAGAUCACUCGCGAAAUCGGCGCCGUUGCCGACCUCAACUCCGCAGACGUAUGGCUCACGGUCCCAGCAGCGUGGGAUGCGAAGGGCUGCGAUCUUAUGCGAGAAGCUGCCAUCUCCGCCGGGCUCGUCCAGAGUGCGAGAGCUGGCGAUCGUGAAUGGAGAGAGCGGCUGAGGAUCAUCACUGAACCUGAAGCAGCAGCGGUCCAUUGUGCACAUUUGACGGACCUCCAUCACUUAAAGCCAUCUCAGAAUUUCAUCGUUUGUGAUGCUGGUGGUGGUACUGUCGAUCUUGCGGUUUACAAAAUCAUCGGCCAGAUGGCUAACCUCGAAAUUGCCGAGAUGUGCGCACGUUCAGGGGCAAACUGCGGUUCUCUCUUCCUUGAUUUGCGGUUCAAAGAGUUGGUGAAGACGCUUCUGGCCGACCAUCCCGCUCAUUUAGACCCUGCAUCUCUGGCUUAUUUCAUGCACGCCUUCAGCGAAACUGACAAGAUUGCAUAUACCGGGGUUGAAGAUGACGAUAAUAUGUUCCACUUCACAUGCUUCAAUGUCGAGGACCCUCACGCUCCGGAGGUCGGACUGGAGAAUGGGCAGCUCUCGAUACCCGGUAAUAUGCUGCGCCGCGAAGUCUUUGACCCCGUUGUAGAACAGGUCCUGGCGUUAAUCGAGGAGCAGACACGGAAGCUAGAUCAAAGGAUUGAUGCGUUACUUCUCGUGGGAGGUUUUGCUGGCUGCGAAUACCUCAAAGCUAGGGUAGAGGAACAAUUCAGCUCCAGAAUUAGAGUGAUUGAGAGACCACCUGAUGCGGAUACGGCCACCGUUCGGGGUGCAGCAAGAUACGGAUUGGCCCGGCGUCCGCUUGUUUCCAGUGUCAUCGCGCCCAGAUCGUACAUUAUGAAGGUCAAGUUGCCAGCUGACCAAGAGGAUUGGAUGAAAAGGCCUGCGUAUAUCCGAAACAAUGACGCAGGCGUCCCGAUUUGUGAGAACAGAUUGCAAUACCUCGUGCAAAAGGGUGCCAUUAUCAGGAAAGGUCAACGGGUUACGACUAAAUUCUGCAAAUUCUCUCAAACACCUCAAGAUUCAACAUUUGUCGCCGUCUUGUAUACCAGCGAGGCGGAGAAAGUUCUGAGGUACACGGAUGAAGGGGAAACCGUGGAAUUGUGCAAGUGGACCGUCGACAUCUCCACGCUCCCUACAUUCCGGCAGAACGCUGCGAAUCCGCCUCCUGGCGGGUUCUAUACUGAGUUCGAGCUAGGCCUCGAGUUGGAUAGCGCGGAGGUUCGGGGUAUUUUAAUCUUCAACGGGCAGGAAUGGGGGAGGGUUACUUUCGAUUUCUUGAAUUAG